AUGAUACUUUUUGAUGUGGCUACAGCUGGAGAGUGGCUGGGUACGUUUUUUGCUACAUAUUAGGUUUAACCAAAAGUGGCGGGACGCUUUUAACUUUUUAGUUCAUUUUUUAGAGCCAAGAAUGGACUUCUCACCAGGAACAGAAGCCUAUUAUUCUAGGUUUACGAAUGAUCUCACAUCCGCUGAAACCGAAGUAUUUUUGGAAAUGGUUAGCAAUGAACACGGCAAAUCAGACAAAAUGGUCCAUGAAGCUGUGGUUGAUCCAAAAAUAGUACGAAAAGUGAUUCGACUUCAAACUGAAAACUUCAGACGUCAGGGAAUGAGCGAGAGGCUCAUUGCUGUUUAUAUGGAGGUGAGCUUUGAUUUUUUUUAUUUUUAACUUUUCUUGCCAUGCCUUGCGUUACCUUGCCUUGCCUUGGGCCUUGCCUUAGGCAUUGCCUUGGGUCUUGCAUUGGGCCUUGCCUUGCCCCUCGCCUUGCCUUCUUUUGUCCCUCGCUUUGCCUUUGGCAUUGCCUUGCUUUGUCUUGGUCCUUGCCUUUCUUUGCCUUGCCUGGUGCCUUGCCUUGGGCCUUGCCUUGGGCCUUGCCUUGCCUGGCAUUGCCUUGACUUAUCUUGCUUUGCUUUGCUUUGCAUAGCUUUAGUAUUACUCUUAGCCUUACAAUUUUUAGUCUUAUUUUAAAUAUCAAUCACAAAAUAAAUUUUAAAACCCUUAUUGUAGAUGGUCCGACAAGGAUCUGGACUCCUCCACUCUCGAUACCCACAAACCUGGAGAGAGCAAGCAGUUUGGGAACAAGCUUUAAGAAAGGUCUACGACAAAUUCGACCGGUUGACUCCAACUGAAAAGUCCUUUUUACGGUGGCAAAAUCCAAGUUGGUACACUAUACUAGAACAACGUAAACCUGUACCACUGUUUAGAGCUCGGCGGAGGAGCAAAGUUAGAAAAGCUCAUCGAAAGUCCAGACCAUGA